CACAAGGAGACAAUGAACAGCCUCUUGUUGUGGAUCACCCUAUCAGCUAUCUCAUGUACCAUUGGAGUUCAAGCCCAGCCAAAUACUCAAGGCUUCAUUAGCAUUGAUUGCGGUAUUUCUGAAGGACGUUCGUACGACGAUGAGAUCACUGAAAUACCUUACAUUUGCGAUACACCAUUUACAGAUAGCGGUGCAAAUUACAAUAUUUCAGCGAACUAUCUUAGCAACUCACUUCCGACACAACUAUCAAGCCUUCGAAGCUUUCCUGAUGGAAGUCGAAACUGUUAUACACUAAGACCAGUACUAAAAGGUCUCAAGUAUUCGAUUAGAGCUAUGUUCAUGUAUGGUAACUACGACGGCCUGAACAAGCCGAUAGUGUUUGAUCUUCAUUUAGGUGUCAACUUAUGGAAGACGAUUAAUAUAUCUGACGCAUCGAGAGUUUAUAUGGCUGAGGUUUUAACUGUGGCUGAAGCUCAUUUUAUAUCGGUUUGUUUGGUUGGUACGAAUUCUGGGACUCCUUUUAUAUCUUCGCUUGAGUUGAGACCUUUGAAGAUGUAUAUGUAUCCGGCGGUGAAUGCAACAAGUUCGUUGGUCCUAUUCCGUAGGCUUAACAUGGGAUCGGCAACAGAUCAACCGCUGAGGUACCCAGACGACCCCUACGACAGAAUCUGGCACCCAAACCCCACCCAGCCCUCGUGGGCCCCACUUUCCACCGCCUCCCCACCCGCCACCAAGAGCGGGUCCCUCUCCCGGUCCCACCUAUUCCUCCACUUCGCCGAGCUCCGUCACCUCGGACCCCACAAGAGAUCGUUCAGCAUCUUUAUUAAUGGAGAGCUUUGGUUCGGUCCCUUUAGCCCUAGGUAUUUGGUUGGGGAUCAUGUUUAUAGUGUGAAGCCUGGGGAAAUGGCGCGGUAUGAUGUGACGCUGGAGCAGGAUAGGAAUGCCACGGUGGCGCCGAUUUUGAACGCGGUGGAGGUUUACUCGGUUUUGGAGGCAUCGGAGUUGGCUACUGAUGGCGGAGACGUUGAUGCAAUUAUGGCAAUCAAAAUGCACUAUAAUGUGAAGAGAAAUUGGAUAGGUGAUCCAUGUGCACCAAGAGCUUUUGCAUGGGAUGGCCUUGUUUGUAGCUAUAAUAUGUCUUCUUCCCCAAGGAUCGUAGUUUUAGACCUUCAUUCUAGUGGAUUGACUGGUGAAAUACCCCCUUUGCUUGCCAAUUUCAAAGCACUUGGAUACCUGGAUUUGUCUGUAAACGAGUUAACUGGGCCAAUACCUAAUUUUCUUUCGGAUUUGGAAUCCCUAAAACUACUAAAUUUGUCGGGAAACAAACUUAGCGGACAGAUUCCUCCAGCUCUCCUUAAGAGAGCAGAAAAUGGGUCUCUUAAAUUAAGUAUUGAAGGCAAUCCUAGUCUGUGCAAGAACGGGGGUGCGUGUGGAAAGAAAAAGAAAAGUACGGCGACCAUUGUAAUUGUACUGCCAGUGACAGUUUUAAUUGCUCUCAUGCUGCUAUUAUCAAUUUUAUUUUAUGCAUUGAGAGUAAGGAGAAAACAGCAAGGCUGGAUUCCAGGUAUCCUUGUUAGGAAAAUGAAUAAAAAUAAUUCAGGACAGCUGAUAUAUAAUGAUCUCCCAUUUCAACCGGAGUGUCAGCAAUUCGCUUAUAUGGAGCUGGAAAAGAUUACAGGGAACUUCCAAUAUGAAAUUGGCAAAGGAGGAUUUGGGUCUGUCUAUCAUGGCAAAUUAGAGAAUGGUAUUGAAGUUGCAGUCAAGAUGCGAUCUCAAUCAUCAUCUCAAGGGGGGAAGGAGUUUAUGACGGAGAUCCACCUCUUGAUGAGAAUUCAUCACAGAAACCUUGUGCCCUUUAUCGGCUAUUGCAAUGAUGGAAAUUACCUAGCGCUUGUCUACAAAUUCAUGCAUCGAGGAAGUCUUCAGGAGCAUCUGGCAGGUAAAAUAGGAAGUUCUAGAGGUCUUCUCUGGGGAGAGCGGCUCCGAAUUGCACUUGAAGCUGCAGAAGGAUUGGAGUACCUGCAUAAGGGAUGCAAUCCACCAAUCAUUCACAGAGAUGUGAAGACCAGCAAUAUACUUCUGAAUAAGAAUAUGGAGGCCAAGAUAGCAGAUUUUGGGCUGUCUAAAGUUUUCCGCACUGAGGUCUUCAGCAAUCUGCCAACAGCGGUAGUUGGAACACCAGGCUACCUUGAUCCUGAUAUUUACACACGUUUGGUUCCAGGAGCUAACGUGAAUGAAAUAACGUACAAUUUUCAUUGCCAGAUAUUACAUCGUGACAUUGCAAGCUUGCUCGAUGUGAGGUUGGAAAAUGAUUACGAUGCAAACUCACUCUGGAAGGCAUUAGAUACCGCGGUGAAGUGUGUAUCAGCAAACUCUACCUUAAGGCCAUCAAUGUCCCAUGUCGUGGUACAGCUUAAGGAGUCUUUGGCCAUGGAGACUGGCAAUGAUAGGAGCCUAGAUAGAAGUUUCGAAUAUGCCAUUGAUACGAAUGAUAUGAGUAAUAGUGGGUCGUUUGAAAUAGCUCAAGGAGUUAGAGGUCCAGCAGUGAGGUGAAAAUAAGUAAUUUCUCAUUGUAAAAUUUAGCUUUGCUUCUAUUCCUGGUUUAGGAUCCAAACUGUGAAAUAUGGUUGAAGUUCUGAUCAUUCUGUAAUACAUAUAAAAUCCUGUUUCCUUUUUACUGAACUAUGGUGAUUUUCAUCGUAAAGUCUCUGUAAUAUAAUUCAAUGCAUUUUGGUCUCUCAC